AUGGAGGGCAAAGAAGACAAAUCUGGAAAUCAAAGCCUACUAGUUGAUCUCGGCCCCAAAUCUACAAAAAGUGGCCCCAGCUCUAUGGAUGAUCCCUCUGUCCCAACCAUACUCAAUAGAUCACAGUAUGUUUCGAUACUACUCAUAAGAUCGCAGGUAGUUCCCGAUAGUCCGCCACUGGUUCUGCUCUUCAUUGAGACCUGUCAUGUAGUCUGUACUCAGACGGACAGUUUGUGCUGGAAGCUGUACUGCUUACAGCAUGGAAUUCAACCUGACGGACGUACAUCCAAUGAUGGUGUUGGACACGCCGAUGACAAUCCAUUCACUGAGUUCUUCAACGAUACUGGAUCUAGUCGUUAUGUUUCUCGUGCAGUAUUUGUUGAUUUGGAACCGAUGGCAGUUGGUGAACAGGGACCACCCAGAGCAGGAAGACAUCGCAAGCAACUGUGUUCGCGGGCAUUGCAUUGUUGGAAAGGAAGCGAUCAGGUGGUAGGCCGUGUUCGUAAAUUGUCAGAUCAACGUGAAGGUCUUCAGGGCUUCCUCGUAUUUCACUCAUUCGGUGGUGAAACCGGAUUGGGUUCCACUUCCUUGUUGAUGGAUUUCCAAGGCGUUCGGAACGUGAAGCUGACUGAGUUCCAAACGAAUUUGAUCCCACACCAGCACAUCAACUCUCCGUUGUCUUCUUACGCUCCGAUCGUCUUCGCCGAUUGGGCGUUCCACGAGGAGUUAAGCGUCAACGGGAUUACCAAAUUUCACGGGUCCAAUUGA